UGCGCUUGGUCCACAAGGGCUUCACUUGGGCUUCACUUGGGCUUCACUUGGGUGGAUGAGCAGACGGUUGUAGUGUCACUCUUUGGCAGAUUAUUAUACAUCCAGAGAACGCGGAUGACUGUUAUUCGUUUAAAAGCACUUCUAAUAAAAAUAAUUUGAGCGUUUUCUUAGAGCGGGGCACUGAUAGUUGAGCCAUCUUUUAAAACUGUGCGUAAAUUGUCGUUUAUUUGGCUGCUAAAUUAGUAAAAGGACGUAUAUCUCCGAGGACACGUUGCAUUUUAAGAGAAAGAACAAACUUACACUCCGAUAAGAUAUGGCAGCGAUCCGAAUGGUUUCAUCAGUGCUGGUGCUGGCGCUGAUGCAGUCCGGAGCUCUUUGCGCACGGAAGUUUCGGGGUGGCCGCAACCCACAACCACGACGCUCACCACCUCCUCCCACAUACCGGGCGGAUCGGGGUGACACCACCGAGAGCUUCCCUCUGGAUUUCACCGCCGUGGAGGAGAACAUGGAUAACUUCAUGACACAAGUGAAGAACCUUGCGCAGUCCCUCUACCCGUGCUCGGCGCAGAAGCUCGACCACGACAUGAAGCUGAACUUUUUGGAGAACACUUCGGUCACCUGCAACGAUGGAAGUCCCGCAGGGUACUACCUGAAAGAAUCUCGGGGCAGCAGACGCUGGUUGAUAUUCUUAGAGGGCGGCUGGUACUGCUUCAACAAGGAGAACUGUGACAGCCGAUACGAGACCAUGAGGAGACUGAUGAGCUCUUCCACGUGGCCCCAAACUAAAACAGGCACAGGGAUCCUGUCUCCGCUGCCUGAGGAAAACCCUCACUGGUGGAACGCCAACAUGGUGUUCAUCCCGUACUGCUCCAGCGAUGUUUGGAGCGGCGCAACAGCCAAAACAGAGCAGAGUGGAUAUGCAUUCAUGGGCUCACUGAUCAUUCAGGAGGUUGUGAAGGACCUGCUGAACAAAGGUCUGAACAACGCAAAAGUUCUUCUGCUCGCAGGAAGCAGCGCGGGUGGCACUGGGGUCCUUCUCAACGUGGACCACGUGGCGGAGCUGCUGGAUGGGCUGGGACACACUGGGAUACAAGUGCGGGGCCUGUCUGAUUCCGGCUGGUUCCUGGACAACAAGCAGUACCACUGCACGGACUGUGUGGACGCUGUCAGCUGCCCCCCAACCGAGACCAUCAAGAGAGGCAUCAAGUACUGGGGAGGAGUGGUGCCAGAGAGGUGCAGACAGACCCAUGAAGGAGAGGAGUGGAACUGUUUCUUUGGAUAUAGAGUCUUCCCAUCAAUAAAAAGCCCUGUGUUUGUUGUCCAGUGGCUGUUCGAUGAGGCUCAGUUGACCGUGGACAACAUCCAGCUGACGGGCCAGCCUGUGCAGGAAAGCCAGUGGCGCUACAUCCAAAACCUGGGCAUUGAGCUGAGAAAUACCCUAAAAGAUGUCCCGGCUAUGUUUGCUCCAGCAUGUCUAUCACAUGAAGUUAUCACCAGAAAUUACUGGAUUGACGUGCAGGUCAAAGGCACCUCCUUGCCCCGAGCCUUGCACUGCUGGGACCGCAGCCUCAACGACAACAGGAACAACAAGGCUCCACCCAAAGGCUGCCCCGUCCAUCUGAUUGACAGCUGCCCGUGGCCCCACUGCAACCCCACCUGCCCCACCAUCCGAGACCAGUUCACCGGGCAGGAGAUGAACGUCAUUCAGUUCCUCAUGCACAUGGGCUUCGAUGUGCAGAAGAUGGCCCAGCAGCAGGGCAUGGACCCCAGCAAGCUACUGGGCAUGCUCAGCAGCGGCAGCUAAAGAGGCGCGCACACACACACACACACACACACACACACACACACACACACACACACACACACACACACAGCAUCUCCAAGCUAAUCCCAAGCAGGGCUGGAUGGGCCAGUCCCUCUAUGGCUGAUACCUCCAUCUCCACCUUCACAACCCCAUCUACCAAUAGUCAUCUCCCCUAGGAGCUCUUCUGUACUUUGGUCCGGGCCCUUAGUCAAACACAGGGGCUUUUUUAUUCAUCCCGCAAAACCUUUUUUUUUACCACUAAUGUAAUUGGUGUGUUGCCAAUUCCAGUGGCCACCACGACAAGGCACAACUCUCUGCUACUCUCCAUUUAAAUUAUCUUUUGCUUUGUAAAAGAAGAAAAAAAUACCACAAAUAUAAUCCAGUUUUAAGGAUGCUCACUGUUGUUUAAUUCAUUUAAAUGUUAUUUUCAUCCAUCCGUUGAUUAUAUUUAGUCAUUGUAUAAAAAAGGAAAACACCACAAUGGAGCAAGGAUGCUCUUUCUUAAGCAAUCGCUAUAGAUUCUAUAUUUUGAAAAACGGUUUUUAUAGUGUCUCAUCUCAUGAAAACCUUUAACAAAGCAGUAAGAGAUAACAGCAGUAAAAUAUGAGAAAAUCACUGGAUCAGAAAUUAAAUUUAGUAUUUACUUUAAAUAAUAAUGGCAAGAACGAUAGCAAGACACAAACACUCCACAUCAUGUAAGACGUUGAGUUGAAUCAAUAUGGAUGUUUCUUUACUGGUCAGAGUGUAACGAGGACACCGUUGCAUCAGCGAAGAGUGAAUACGUUUAUUUAAAAGAAAAAAAAAGAUACAAUUCAAAAUAUAAAAAAAAUUGCAGAAAACCUUAAGCUUCUGAAAUGAAUCCAGCGAAUUGACAAAUAUCAAAUGUUGUUUCUUGCUAAAGAAAGUAGCCAAAAAAAAGACUGACAAUGUUAAAGAAAUAUAUAUUACUGUGGCUAUUUUUGUGGGUAAAGAUAAAUAAUAAUGUAACUCACGCCUGUUAGUGUGACUCAGCAAUCUGAGUGAAACAUUUAGCUGCAGAUCGCGGGGUUAAGUGGAGCCGAGAAAUACUUUAAAGGUCUACUCGUAGCUACAGAUUCACCACAGGGCCAUUACGUCUAGUCUUUACCUCUUUCUCACGGGUUCUCACGGUGUUCAAACCCCAGACAUCAUGUUAGAUCAAUGCAAUGAACAUUUAAAGGGAGACAAAUUAUGUGUACUGUAUAUUUUCUUUGAGUAUUUGUAUAGGUUCUUUCAAGUGUUCACUAAUGUAACUCCCUUCUUAUAUUUCAUAAUAGAGAUCACUUUUUAAUAUAAUGACAAUGUUUUAUGUAAUGAUGUCUUUACAAAUGAUGUUUUUAAAGGACCUUUAUUUCGCGUCACACCAGAGAAUGAAACGUAUUACUACUUGUAAUUUUAUUCUGUAACAUAUUUUCUAACAGAAAAAAAAACUCAAGCUACAUUGGUAAUUUACAUAUUUAUUUUGUUAUGUAAAUCAUAUUUAUAAGUGCCAUUUUCACAGAGAAGUGAUUCUUUGUAAAUUGUAAAUACAUUGUGUUUUCUCUUUGUGUUGAUUGCAUGUCUUUGUAUCAGAUUAAAAAGAAAAGACACAUUACAUACUGUA